AUGUCUAGCAACCGGGCGCGUGGUACGUGUAAGAUGAUGCUGGCGAAAUUGGAAAUGGGGGAGAUAGUCGAAAUCGCUAAGUCGCGAGGAAUACGUGUGACCAGUGUCGUGAUGAACGGCAGGGAAGUGAAACCCACAACGGCACAGCUACUGCGGGCUAUGUAUCGACUUGAGACGGUUUAUAUAGAAGAGAACUUCACAGCGCCCGACUGGGGGAAGAAGUGGCUGCGGGGACCACUGGCGGUGGACGAGCAAAACCAAGCGGUAGAUCUAAGGGAAUGCAAAGUAGUCGACGUGCCUAGGAACCCAGACGAAGAGGAGGACGCCGGCAAUCCCUCUAGUCCUUGCCCCCUAGCCGCUUCAAAGUGCCUUACUAUCCUCGGACCAGUGAAUAGAGCUGGGUAUCCCUACUCUGGAGUGUUCCUGCAUACCAUUAGGCAACAUACAGGAGUCAAGCCACGAAGGAGUAUAGAUGUCGUAUCGGUGGGCGCAUGCACCAAGGUCAAGGAUGUUUGGCGCUACUAUCAGCCCUUCCACUCUCCCAACGUGAGUCUUAUUGGUAUUAUAUCGAUUCUGUAA